AUGCCGAAGCGCAAGGCCGACGCCACGAAGGCAUCCAGUGCGGAUAUCAAAACUCCCGCGAAACGAGCUCGCGCCUCGUCGCCGGCCGGUGACAAUGCUGGUCAGUCCACCCCCGACGUUCACAAUGCCAUUACGCCCCAGACCGGUGAGAAGAGAGGUCGUGGUCGUCCUCGCAAGAACCCUGAGGCCGCAACACCCAAGGCAGUGAACGAUGGUGCCAAACGUGGCCGUGGUCGUCCUAAGAAGGUCCUGACCGAAGCGGAAGCUGCUGCUGCUGCCGCAAAAGCUGCUACCUCUUCAGCUGGUCCUAAGAAGGGUCGCGGUAGACCCCGCAAGGAGCCAGGUACCGAGACGCCGUCAGCGACACCCAAGAAGAAGGAUGGCCGUGGACGUCCCCGCAAGAGCUUACCUGCCAAUGACGAGCCCAGUAUCUUCGAUGCAAAGGCGGAUCCGGAUGAAGAGACCACGACUGGACCCAUUCCCAACCACGCUACUGGCCGCUCAUACUGGUUGAUGAAGGCGGAGCCCGAGUCGCGUUUGGAGAAGGGCGUUGACGUGAAGUUUUCCAUCGAUGAUUUAGCUGCCGCGAAGGAGCCGGAGCCCUGGGAUGGCGUUCGCAACGCUGUUGCACGAAACUUGAUGCGGGACAUGAAGAAGGGUGACUACGCAUUGUUUUACCACUCUAACUGCAAGACUCCGGGCGUGGUCGGCGCGAUGGAGAUUGUGCAAGAGCACUCAACCGAUGAGUCUGCUUUCGACCCGAAGCACCCAUACUAUGAUCCGAAGUCCAAGCGCGAUGAUCCCAAGUGGUCUGUGGUACACGUCGAAUUCCGCCGUAAGUUCAACAAGCAGGUCACCCUUCACGACCUCAAGGCCAACGCGGAGCCCGGCAAGCCCCUCAAAAACCUACAAACCAUCAAACAAUCGCGACUGAGCGUUUCCUCUGUGACACCGGCACAAUGGCGGUUCAUCCUCGAGCUGGCGGGCGAGGACCCUGAUGCCGACCUCAACGCGCCCGGCACCGAGAAGGAUACCGAUGCCGAGAAGGAAUCCGACGAGGAGAGCAACGCCGAAAAGUAA